UCAGUCUGAUGUCAUGAACAGCAAUCAAGCCACCUUCACUGACCCGCUAGAAGGAAACAGUCAGCCUGAUGUUAUGAAAAACAAUCAAGCCCCCUCAACUGUCCUGUCAAAAGGAAACAGUCGGUCUGAUGUCAUGAACAGCAAUCAAGCCCCCUCAAUUGACCCGCUAGAAGGAAACAGUCAGUCUGAUGUCAUGAACAGCAACCAAGCCACCUUCACUGACCCGCUAGAAGGAAACAGUCAGUCUGAUUUCAUGAACUGCAACCAAGCAACCUUCACUGACCCGUCAGAAGGAAACAGUCAGUCUGAUGUCAUGAACAGCAAUCAAGCCCCCUCAACUGACCCGUCAGAAGGAAACAGUCAGUCUGAUGUCAUGAACUGCAAUCAAGCCACCUUCACUGACCCGCUAGAAGGAAACUGUCAGUCUGAUGUUAUCAACAGUAAUCAAGCCCCCUCAACUGACCCGUCAGAAGGAAACAGUCAGUCUAGUGUCAUGAACAGCAAUCAAGCCACCACCUUUGACCCGCUAGAAGGAAACAGUCAGUCUGGUGUCAUGAACAGCAAUCAAGCCACCUCAAUUGACCCGCUAGAAGGAAACAGCCAGUCUGAUGUCAUGAACAGCAAUCAAGCCACCACCUUUGACCCGCUAGAAGGAAACAGUCAGUCUGAUGUCAUGAACAGCAAUCAAGCCACCUUCACUGACCCGUCAGAAGGAAACAGUCAGUCUGGUGUCAUAAACAGCAAUCAAGCCACCUCCACUGACCCGCUAGAAGGAAACAGUCAGUCUGAUGUCAUGAACAGCAAUCAAGCCACCUCAAUUGACCCGCUAGAAGGAAACAGCCAGUCUGAUGUCAUGAACAGCAAUCAAGCCCCCUCAAUUGACCCGCUAGAAGGAAACAGUCAUUCUGAUGUUAUGAACAGCAAUCAAGCCACCUUCACUGACCCGUCAGAAGGAAACAGUCAGUCUGGUGUCAUAAACAGCAAUCAAGCCAUCUCCAUUGACCCGCUAGAAGGAAACAGUCAGUCUGAUGUCAUGAACAGCAAUCAAGGCCCCUCAAUUGACCCGCUAGAAGGAAACAGCCAGUCUGAUGUCAUGAACAGCAAUCAAGUCCCCUCAAUUGACCCGCUAGAAGGAAACAGUCAGUCUGAUGUCAUGACCAUCAAUCAAGCUGGCUCAGCGUAUCGACGGACGGGAAAGCUUAAAUGUCACACCGGUGUAAACCAGGGAAUAGCAGAAGUACUGCCUGACGAAACAGAAGUAUCCGGUAUCAGGCAGGUGAAUCAACAGAUACAGGCACAUUCACACGCAGAAUAUAAUAAAACAACAAUGAUUGGAACCAACAAUACCAUCAUAUAUGAGAAAGAUGAAGAAAUUCGAGAUGUAAUUUCAGAAUCAGAUGUUCGCAGGACUUAUGAACAUCGAGAACAGACUGAUACUCUCAAAAAGGCUAUAGACAAAAAGGGGUCAGAAAUACAGGAAACUGUCCGUGCUUCAGGUCAAGAGGGCGUUUCAAAGGUACAGAAAUCAAUGGAAGUAGUUGAAAACAAAUCAGAUUUGAAAUAUGCCCAAAUUAAGCAUAAUAAUGUAGCAUUAUAUCAGGAAGCAGAAGAAAUCAAUGAACAUGGUAGAAAAAUGGUUAUGAAAGAAAGUGCUAAGGUAAAACAAGCCGUAGACUGUCAUCGCCUAGAGACUACUGCCUCUACGACACAGUUAGAAAAAGCCGUCAAAACUGCAGAGCAGACAAUCAUUGAAACUUUGAACUGCGUGAUACGAAAACUUGACAAACAGUCACAGGCGUUAGAUGAACAGUCGAUGAAAAUCGGUGAACUAUCAGAGAAAGUUGAUGAACAGUCACUGCGAACUAGGGAACAGACACAGAAACUUGACGAACAGUCACGGACGUUAGCUGAACAGUCGAUGAAAAUCGGUAAACUAUCACAGAAAGUUGUUAAACAGUCACAGACGUUAGAUAAACAGUCAAUGAAAAUAGACAAACUGUCACAGAAUGCUAAUGAACAAUCACAAAUAGUUUCGGAACUAUCACAGAAAGUUGAAUCAGUCUCACUUAGAACUAAAAAAUUGCGAAAGGCAGUUUAUGCUAGUCGACGUUAUUAAAGCAACAAAGAAAUUAUCAAGCGAGAAAUGAUGAUAUAGGAAACAAUUUGCCCGUUAUGUAAUAUGGUAGAAGACAUAGAAGAGACAACUGGCGUUAGAUUGCACAUAUAUUUUUAUUUUUAUUUUUUAACUAUUGCAGUGAUAAUAUUCCUUUCGGACAUAGAUACAUAUCAGCUUAUACAUGAGCCAUAAAUGGUAUAAUUUAAAACAUUUUGCCUUUGAUAAAUGCAGUAGUUAUAAUAUGACUAUUUACAUAUCCUACAUGACAUCGUUCAUAGACUAAAAGAAUAUCUCAACCCCUUGGGGGUGAGAUAGUGGAAUCUCAACUCGAGAGGAAAGAUUCUUUAGUUGCAAGUCCAGGGUGAGAGAAAUUUAUUUCUACCACCCUUCAUAGGCGUGUCUCCCUUUUAAACCGGAAACGAUUAGCACGUGUUCAAUUGUGACGUUAUUGAAAUGUGUCACCGGUAAUUGUAACGUCAUCGAAAGUGUCAUACCCCACAUGUACUUUUUAUACAAACAUGGCAGACUACUGUCGGUAGAGUUGUGACUGAAAUAAUAGGAUGGGAGAAAAAUAAUCAUCCUCUACCUUGAAGGUGUGACAGAGAAAUCUCCAACCCUUGGGUUGAUGUUUUCUGGUUGUAUAACCCGAGGCUCUGCCUGACUCAAACCCUCGGGUUGGAGAUUUCUCUAUCACACCCUCAAGGUUGGGGAAGAUCUAUUAGUCAAACCCCAGGAGGAGAUAGCCUCGUGCAGUCUGGCGCGAUCUAAGUCAUAAUAACAGCAUGACGUCACGUCAUCAAUGCAUUUACGUCAAGUCAACAGUAGCAGAUCCUGAAAGACAACUCUAGAUAUGUUGGAAAAACAUGCAAUCACCGCUUGGACGGCGGAUUUGUAAGUGAAACAGGAUGAGGGGAAAAAAAACAUCAUCCCCUACCUUGAAGGUGUGACAAUCGAGAAAAUCAUCCCUCGGGUUGGAGAUUUCUCUGUCACACUCUCAAAGUAGGGGAAGAUUAUAUUAAUUAGCCUUAGGGGCUGUAUAAUCAUACUAUGAUUUUUUUUUGUCAUAUAAUACACAAUUAUUAAUAAGCUAGUACAACUUGAAAAUUAUAAGCAUUAACGCUUGGUUGAAUACUAGUAUGUUGAAUAGAAAUUAACACGGAUAUGGCGCGUGACGGGCGGAAAUGGGUCGGUCGGGAUAUGAGCUAUGAACAUUUAGCAGUCUCACGCAAAAAUAUGUGAUAAUGGACUCUAUCAACUUACUAUAGCUGUCACAGUGUAGAGACUUUUGGUAUUGAUAAAUCAGAACGAUACCUUCUGUUUGUUGUCUCUGAUUUGUUGAAUACAUCAAAUAAUUCAUUUACAGUAUGUAUGUUAACUAUACAACAAAACAUGGUAUCAUUGUCUUUCACCCUACAGCUGUUCUCAUUGUUCAUUAAAAAUAGCAAAUACAAUAAGCUUUCCUGCUAUUAACCGAUAUUAGGUAAUUAUUCAAUUUGAUGAAAUUGCGACUCAGUCGAUCUAACGAUGACAAACUUCAGCAAUGUAUUUUUCUGCUUGAGCUUUUUCUUAAACAAGAAGAACAAUGAUUUUGAAAUGGAAUAACUACUUAUUGUUUUGUAUAUGAACAGUUCAUCAUGACUCGUUGUCCCAUAUUUAAUCUUCGAUUAUAAGAGUAAAGAGAGGAUUCCACAGAAGCUGCCUCAUCAGGCACUAUCUACUUGUCCUCCUACGUCCUUACAUGUUUUCAUGCGUGUAAUCUCUUUUGUAUUGGGAUUAUGGAGCCCCCACAACUGCACCUGUUCCAUAGUGCCACCUCACUUGAAUCUAACUACACAGACACCUGAGCACCCAUUAAGCAUGGGACGAUCACAGGGCCAUAUCAAGGUCAGUUUAGCUGGUGUUGUUUGUUGUGGAAUGCAACAGGAGGCAGGCAAGCAAGGUUUUGUGAUCUAAAAAGAAGGAUUUUAAUUCGUAACUUUGUUUACAGCAAAUAAGCAUUAAGCGACGAGUAGAUAGAUAUGUGUAAUUUGUCCAAGGUACUCAGUAAUGCCUGAUCGAUCGAAGUUAUUCCAUAUUGAUGUCAUUAUUUGUCAAACCUUUCUUUCUUUUGCAUUGUUUUCCAUAUAUGAGUACUUCAUAGUCACGCUUGGUAUAGGGUCGUCAUGCGCUAUAUAAACGUUUCAUUGGUAAACUGUUAACUUUGUACAUGUAUGUUGUAUCAAAACUGUUAAUAAAAAUAUCAAAAAAAA